GAUUCCUAGAGUGGUCUGGAUAUCAUUUGAAAUCCUUGUCAAGCAGUUUCCAACCAAAAAAUCUUACUGUACGUUUUUUGACAGUCGCAUCAAACAACUAUGGAAGGGGUCGAUGGUUUUAGACAAUUUGAAGUACUUAACUCUGAGUGAUUUUGAGAACUUGAUUGAAACACCAGAUUUGACAGGAGCCCCAAAUCUUGAGAAACUAUACCUUUCAGGUUGUAGAAGCUUGUGUGAGGUCCACCCAUCCAUCAGAAUUCUCAAACGAUUAAAAUUAUUGGAUUUAAGCCAUUGUGAAUCUCUUGAAAGACUGCCAGACAAGUUCUACUUGAAAUCUCUUGAAUAUUUGGUUCUUGACGAAUGUUCAAGUCUUGAGAAGUUACCAGACCAAAGUCGGUUGGAAUGCUUGAAGUAUCUUAUAGCAUAUGGAAUUGCUAUAACACAAAUACCAUCUGUCAAUCUAUUCCACAAAAGCAUCGAUGGUGUUUCUCUCAAGGGAGGCAAGUGGAUGCCAAGUAAUUCAAGAGAUCCCACCUAUGAUAUCAAAUCACUUGUAGAAUAUCAGAUGGAAGGAAAAUAUGAGGUAAAAGCAAUGUACAUUGAUAUUGACAGGGAAGGAGAAAAUAUUUUAGACAUGGCAAGUGGAGGUGUUGCGAAUUCAUUCUAUCCAGAUGCGAUGAUAUAUGGAUGGUCGUUGGGAUCUGGAAUCCCGAAAUGGGUUGACAAUACAAGUAAUGGCUCCUCUGUAAAGAUAGAUUUGGAUAGUAAUAUCAAGACGAUGGGGGUGUGCUUUCUUUAUUGUUGUGAUUUUCAUCAAUUCCUUUCCCCAAAAGGCACUUCAAUUUCUUCGUUAUCUAGAAGAUUUUUAUUAUAAACCUAAGUUUCCUUGCUUGGAUAUCUGUUUGGUUAAGCCAAUUGGAUUCUGGGUGUAUAUAACAACUCCACGAUUUUUGGAACGAUGGAAAUCGGAUAAACUGAGCUUGAUUAAGAUUUCAAUUACAGCAAAAAUGGAGAGUUUCAGCUCUGCUUUUCCUCCAAUAGAAUUAGAAGUGAAAGAAUGACGGUGCAUUUGGUAUCUCCGAAUGAUGCCAAUUCACAGUUCUAUAAUAGCAUUGCUCCUCAUCUUGGUUUGGGAUCUUCAAAUUUACAAUUCUAUCGUCAAUUUUAUUUUAAUUUGGACCAAAAACCUCUUCCAUCGACGAUGUCGAAUGAUCAAAUCUCAAAUUGAUUAAGGGAAUGUUGUCGACCACCCAAGCUGCUUUUCUUUGUUGUCAUGUUUCUGGUACGUUAUGCUACCUCUCUACCCUUCAUCUCAAACUCGGAUAUCUAUCUAUAAGACAUGCAAUUUAGUCAUUUCUGUUUCUAUCUGUUUCAAUUUUCAAAUAUGGAAAAUAUAAUUAAAUGUUAUGUGCAUGGAAGUGAUCAGGGAACCUUUUGCUCCUGCCAAAACGUGGGAGAAUACUUGGCAUGGAAGUGCGGCAUGAUGUGAAAUGAAGAUUUGAUUCAACAGAUGUAACACCCAGGCCAAGCCCGUAGAGGAAGCCUAACCAGUCUGAAGAGGGUUAAAAUCUCACAAUAAGCUCUCAAAAUCUCACAAAGAGUUCUCUCUCUUUUCUCUCUAUUUUGGCCGCAACUAUACGCACUCCCUGUACAAAAAUUAUGUUUAUAUACGAAACGGCGCAGUGACUAGAUUUUUCGGACAUUCGCUCAAGCAAGGUGUUGAGCUAACAAUUUGUGUGGGGUUCGCUCAAGCUGAUUAUCAAGCGAGUGUCGAGCAAACAAUUUGUCUGGAUUCACUCGAGUGGGCUAUCAAGCGAAUGUCAAACAAGCAAUCUCUCUUAAGUUUGCUUGAGCCAAGGUUGAGCCGCAGUCGAGCCAAGUAUUUGGAAUGAUGUUUUCAACAGGAAAUCAAGCCACCAUUCCAACAGAAAAAGUGAUGGAUCCCAUUAAUGAUUAAGGGAAGUGCGAGUCCCAUAAUAUGUUUUAUUAUGGUGAAGGGCUUUGUGAAAGGGAAGAGAAAGACGGAUGGGUAUGUGUAAACGAAGCUACUUUUCCCUUCCCUCUUCACAUGUUCAUUGGUUGAUAAGGUAACAAACCAGCCAUAAAGAGUGAGAUUAUCACAAGAAUAAAUUCAACAAUCACCUUGAACAUCUACUUUCUUAACAAAAAUCGUAACCAGCAAAACUUGGUAAUAUUCUUGUGAAUUUUAUUUAGGACUUUGUCGAAACUUUUAAACAACUUAAAAGUUAACUCUAUUUCUAGAAUGAUCGUCUCAAGGCAUAGAGUGCUUGCUUUAGAA